CAAUAAAAUGACUACUCCCUUUUAUUGAUAGCAACAACCAAUGAAAAAUAAGCUGUGGAGAAAUAACAACAAAGCUAUCCCGAAUUGUGUGUCAACUUGAUUAUUGUUGUCUCAUGUGAUGGAUAAAGUAAAAGAAGAGGCGGAGAGAUACAGUGGUUAUGUCCGGGAGAAGCUGGGGGACAUCUUGUCGUCUGCUGUAGCAGAUGUCGCGAAGGAGAGGCCUGAAGACCCGAUAGAUUACCUGGCCCAUCGGCUGUACAACACUGCGACGCAACGCAACACUGCAACUUGUGCAGCAAGAACAGAAGCAACCUUCUCGAGACCAGCUUUUACAGUUCUGAAACCAAGACAUGGCUACGGGACACGUGUUACAAAGUCGAGACUUUCAAGAUGCAGACUAGAAAAUGAAAUGUCCUUGAUUCAGGUGAAAAGUGACAAGAAAAAGGAGAAAAAUGCAGAAAUGGAGAAAUCUUCAAAAAUCAGUCAUACGGAAAAAUUCUCUCCAAAACAUACCAAAAAUUCUUAUCAAAAAUUGGGGCUGGAUGAAAGUGGGCAAUUACCGAUACCAACUGAAGGAAGCAAUCCAACAAUUCAGAACAAUGUACCAGAAAUUGCAGGAACGAUACGAAAGACGCAAGAGCAUGAAUAUGACGACAAUACGUCACAGACUCACAGGGGACAGUUUUACACGACAGACGAUGAAGGUUUUGAGGACUCAGUGCUGUUUGGUAAUCCUUCAAAACCAGUUUUUGUCCACCAGUCUUUCAAACACAUGCUACGUGACGUUCAAUGUGAUCUGUUUGACGAUAACGAUUUGACUUGAACAGAAAAAUAAAUAUUG